UACUGUAAACAAUGGAUGUGUCAUAUAUCGAAGUGGAUAUUUUCUUUCAGUAAGCUACAGCCGGGAUAAUACCAUAUAUUGAGAUGAAUGAAACAUGUAUUCGAUAUAUAAUGAUAGCUAUCUAUCCAUAAAUUGUUGUUUGAAUAUACGGUUUAGGUUUGUAUUAACGUUGCCCAACAAAGUACUCCCCACCGCUACUGAACGGUUUAGCCCAAAUCGAACCGCAAGCCAGCUGUGGUCUUGGACCAUUAAAAAUACUAAAGUGCCGUCAGCUAAUUAGACUCAACCUCCUUUACAAACUACUCUUUUGGUGUAUAACCUAGUCUCCCACAGCGGAGACGUGAAAAAGUUACAGAAUCUACCAACACCGCAAAAAGUCAGGUAAACAACCCUUUCCUGUGGAUACCCUAUCUCCACCACCUACCUCCAAAAGGAUCAACAGCAUGUACAACUGGUAAACUAGCCCUCCCAAAACUAUAACACUGGAUGAUGUUAUGUCUUCUGCCCGGGACCUGUCCAACCUGACCCUGGCCCACGAGAUCAUCGUCAACCGUGACUUCCAUGUGGAGCAGCCCCACCUACCUCAGAACAGUUUGGAGAAGCAAGUCAAAGAUAUAGUUCACAAGGCUUUCUGGGAUGGCCUGGAGUCUGAGCUGAAUGAUGACCCACCAGAGUAUGAGCACACCAUCAAACUGCUGGAGGAGAUCAGAGAGAUCCUGUUGUCGUUCCUGAGCCCGGGAGCCAAUCGGCUACGGACUCAGAUCCUGGAGGUGCUGGACAUGGAUCUGAUUCGCCAGCAGGCGGACAAGGAAGCGGUGGACAUACACGGCCUGGCCUCUUACAUCAUCGCCAUCAUGGGCAAGCUGUGUGCCCCUGUCCGUGACGACGAGGUCAAGAAGCUCCGCGAGAGCCCCGACAAUGUUGCGUCAAUGUACAAUGAGGGGAUGAGCAGUGGCAAAAUGAAAGUGGUGGGCCACCUCUCCCGAGCGGCGGAGGCCAAACGACGGGUGGCAGAGGGCCAGGACAUGCUGACCUCCAUGACACAGAUGGUGGCCUGCACCCAGGACAUCCAGCAGAGAUACCGCAGCAUCCUGGGGCCACUGUCCCUCUUCUUCCAGUCCAACCCCGAGAGAGAGAAGAGGGCAGGUGUGUGGGGACCUAAAGCUGUUGGAGGGAAGACAGCCUGGUGCCUUGUACAGGGUCCAGGAGGAGAGGCCAGUGUCCCCGUCGGUGUCAUAGGGGGUGAAGGCCAACCCCACCUCCAUGGCCGACAUGUGUCAGCAGCUACAGUACAGGAUCCAGGAGAAUUCCGUGCUCCACUCCACCCCUGUGGAGGAUCAGCAAGCUCUGGUGGCGGUGAUGACGUCAGAGCUGGGCCUGAUCUGGCAGGACCUGAAGGGGCUGAUGGACGAGCCCAUGCUGAACCAGGAGGAGAACAGGCAGCUGCAGGCGGAGACGUGCCAGGAGGUGCUCCCCAUCUGCCAGGAGCUCUACCUCAACUAUCUCCACCUGCUGGACAGGCUGAGGCGCCGCGCCGUCUUCAGUGACCAGGCCAGCCGCAGCCGCCUGGGGGCCCAGAUGGCCAUAGACUGCACCGGGCUGUGAGUGACUGGCGAGCAGGGUUUCCCGAACUCCAUCAUUUCCUAGUUUAAACGUCCACUCGAUCAGACGCAGCGUAGCGGCAGGGAUCAAGGCUACGCAGAGAGCCCGGCUGAGCGCUGAGAGACCCAGAGCUGCCGGACGCGACCUGAAGGGGGCGAUGGAGACACACACAGCGCUGCCAUGCAAACUGGACUUUGGUCUGACUCUGCAGACCAAGGCUGGCUGCAAGAAGAGCGGUGCCAUCAAGCAGGGCAAAAACCCUAUGGAGAGGGACCUCCGAGAGGCGAGAGACAGAGAAAGAGAGAGGGAGAGAGAGAGUGUGUGUUGUGUGUGAGUGAGUGUGGGUCGGUGGGUUUGUGUGUGUGCUUGUGUGUCUGUCUGUGUGUAUACGGUACCUACAUCUUUCUGUGUGGGUGUGUGGGUCUUCAUGCGUGUGAAUGUGUGUGUACACUUGCUUCUCUGCUGUUUUGGUGUGUGUGUGUCUGUGGUAAAGCUACAGGGAGCUGAGAUGCCUGUCUGUCAGAUGACUGAGAAGAUGGGAGACAUGGACCUGGAGCAGGUGCAUGUUGAUGGAGCUGAUCACCAACAAAGUCUCUCUCUCUCUCUCUCUCUCUCUCUCUCUCACUCUUUCUUUCUCUCUCUCUAUUUCUCUGUCUCUCUCUCUCUCUCUCUCUCUCUCAC